AUGACAUCUAAAUCCCCCCCAUCUCUACACUACCACCACCAGUAUGGCAUGGUUUGGCCGUUUGGAUGGGGUGGCUGUCAUUCCACCACGUGGCCUCGCCUCCUAUGGAUGCUGUGUGUGGGGAUGAGCCCUGGGUCCUGGGCCUCCCAUCAGCACUUCCAUCCCCACUCCAUCAAGAUCCCUGGAGACAUCACCCUUGGAGGCCUGUUCCCCAUCCACGCCAGGGGGCCUCAUGGCCUGCCCUGUGGGGAGAUCAAGAAGGAGAAAGGCAUUCACCGCAUGGAGGCCAUGCUCUACGCCCUGGACCAGAUCAACAGUGACCCUGAGCUACUCCCCAACAUCACUCUGGGGGCCAGGAUCCUGGACACCUGCUCUAGAGACACCUACGCCCUGGAACAGUCGCUCACCUUCGUCCAGGCCCUCAUCCAGAAGGAUACCUCGGACAUACGCUGCUCCAACGGAGAGCCGCCCAUCAUCCGCAAGCCUGAGCGUGUGAUAGGGGUGAUCGGGGCCUCAGCCAGCUCUGUGUCCAUCAUGGUUGCCAACGUGCUACGUCUAUUUGAGAUUCCCCAGAUCAGCUAUGCCUCCACAGCCCCAGAGUUGAGUGACAAUAAUCGCUACGACUUCUUCUCGCGUGUGGUCCCUCCUGACUCGUACCAGGCACAGGCUAUGGUGGACAUAGUCAAGGCAAUGGGCUGGAACUAUGUGUCUACACUGGCAUCAGAGGGAAGCUACGGGGAGAGCGGAGUUGAUUCCUUCCAGCAGAUCUCGAGAGAGGCAGGAGGUCUGUGCAUCGCACAGUCUCUUAAGAUCCCACGAGAGCCCAAGCCGGGAGAGUUUGACAAGAUCAUUAGAAGGCUGAUGGAAACUUCCAAUGCCCGGGGGGUCAUCAUCUUUGCAAAUGAGGAUGACAUCAAACGGGUUCUGGAGGCAGCGAAGAAGGCCAACCUCACGGGUCACUUCCUGUUUGUAGGUUCUGACAGCUGGGGUGCCAAGAGCUCCCCUAUUCUAGACCAGGAGGACGUGGCUGAGGGAGCUGUCACCAUUCUACCCAAGAGAGCCUCUAUUGAAGGCUUCGACCAGUACUUCACCUCCAGAUCAUUAGAGAACAACCGUAGAAACAUUUGGUUCGCUGAGUUCUGGGAGGACGAUUUCAGGUGUAAACUGACAAGGCCAGGCAUCAAAAUAGACAGUGAAAAGAAAAAGUGUACAGGAGAGGAGAGGAUAAAUCGUGACACUGCCUAUGAGCAGGAGGGGAAGGUGCAGUUUGUAAUCGAUGCGGUCUACGCAAUGGCCCAUGCCUUACACAGCAUGCACCUGGACCUGUGCCCCGGCGCAAUGGGCGUCUGUGACAAGAUGGAUCCCGUGGAGGGCCAGUUGCUGCUCAACUAUAUUCGUUCUGUGAACUUUAACGGCAGUGCAGGGACAGGAGUUCUAUUCAAUGAGAAUGGAGAUGCACCAGGACGAUAUGACAUCUUCCAGUACCAGAUGUCAAACACUACCAUUCCUGGAUACAGAGUCAUAGGUCAAUGGACCAACAAUCUGCGACUCAAUAUGGAGGAGAUGCAGUGGUCAGGUGGGGACCGUCAGAUCCCUGACUCAGUGUGCAGUUUCCCCUGUAACCCUGGAGAGAGGAAGAAGAUGGUGAAGGGUGUGCCCUGCUGCUGGCACUGUGAGUUGUGUGACGGCUACCAAUACCAGCUGGAUGAGAUGAACUGUGAGACCUGCCCCUUCAACAUGCGCCCUACGCCUAACCGGACGAGCUGCCGGUCCACGCCCAUCAUCAAGCUGGAGUGGCACUCCCCCUGGGCCAUCAUCCCUGUGUUCCUGGCCAUCCUGGGUAUCCUGGCCACCUCCUUUGUGGUCAUCACUUUCAUCCGCUUCAACGACACGCCCAUCGUCCGCGCCUCAGGCCGGGAGCUCAGCUACGUCCUCCUCACGGGCAUCUUUCUCAUCUACCUCAUCACUUUCCUCAUGAUCGCAGAGCCAGGCGCAGUGGUGUGUGCGUUCCGCCGGCUGCUGCUGGGCCUGGGCAUGGCCAUCACCUACUCCGCCAUGCUCACCAAGACCAACCGCAUCUACCGCAUCUUUGAGCAGGGCAAGAAGUCUGUGUCGCCACCUAAGUUCAUCAGCCCCACCUCUCAGCUGGCCAUCACGUUCAUCCUCAUGUCUGUACAGCUGCUAGGGGUGUUUGUCUGGUUCGCUGUGAUACCACCCCAUACCAUCAUAGACUACGAGGAGCAGAGGCCUCCCAACCCAGAGAUGGCCCGGGGCGUCCUCAAGUGUGACAUGUCCGACCUGUCGCUAAUCUGCUGCCUGAGCUACAGCAUUGUCCUCAUGGUGACCUGUACUGUCUACGCAGUCAAGAGCAGAGGGGUGCCGGAGACCUUUAACGAGGCCAAGCCCAUCGGCUUCACCAUGUACACCACAUGCAUUGUCUGGUUAGCUUUCGUGCCCAUCUUUUUUGGCACGGCACAGUCCACAGAGAAGAUGUUCAUCCAAACCACCACAUUGACAGUCUCCAUGAGCCUGAGUGCCUCUGUGUCUCUGGGGAUGCUCUACAUACCCAAGGUCUAUGUCAUCAUCUUCCACCCAGAGCAGAACGUACAGAAAAGAAAGCGCAGCUUCAAAGCCGUGGUGCAGGCGGCCACCAUGUCUACUCGGCUCUCCCAGAAGUCCAAUGACAAGCAGAACGGAGAGACGCAGAACAAGAUCGAGCCAGACAGAACACAGUAG